AUGGCCACGGGCGCCGCCUCUGCGCGCCAGCCAGAUUUGGCGCUGGUGUCCGAGGAGGAUUUUCCUUACGAGCAAGACAUCCACCGGAAUCCGGGAAGUACCAAGCCAUGGCUGGCCUACAUCGAGUAUAAACUCCAGCAUGGCACUACACGGGAGCAGGCGUUUGUUAUGGAGCGGGCUUGCGUCCAGCUACCACGGUCUUACAAGCUCUGGAAAAUGUAUCUCCGAUUCAGGACUAAGCACAUUGGCAAGCUCAAUGCCUCCAUCUUUGCCGCCGAAUAUCAAAAAGUCAACGCCCUGUUUGAGCGCGCACUCAUCCUCCUCAACAAGAUGCCCCGGAUUUGGGAGAUGUAUCUCAAGUUCCUAAUGCAACAACCACUAGUGACCGUCACCCGACACGCCUUCGACCGCGCGCUCCGAGCACUUCCGAUCACUCAGCACAACCGGAUAUGGGCGCUGUACCGACCGUUUGCGAACUCAGCGGAGGGCAUGACGGCCGUGAAAAUCUGGCGACGAUACAUGCAGGUCCACCCGGAAGAUGCCGAGGACUUCAUUGAGUUACUCGUGCACACUGGCCUGUACACCGAGGCCGUGAACAAGUAUAUCGAUGUGCUCAACAACCCACGUUUCCAGAGCAAAAACUCGAAGGGGCACUACGAGUUGUGGAGCGAAAUGGUCGACUUGCUUGUCGAGCACGCAGUGGACAUUGACACGGGUCACGAGACGGACAUUGAUGUGGAGGCGAUCAUCCGGAGCGGGAUUGAACGGUUUGGCGAUCAAAGGGGGAAAUUGUGGUGUGGCUUAGCAACAUAUUGGAUCCGGAGGGGUAAUUUUGAGAGGGCAAGGGAUGUCUUUGAGGAAGGCAUCACCACAGUGAUGACGGUCCGCGAUUUCACCUUGGUGUUCGACUCGUACACCGAGUUCGAAGAGUCCAUCAUUGGCGCCCUGAUGGAAGUGGCCUCAACGAGGGCCGAGAAGGGCGUUAUGGACGAAGCGGCCGAUUUCGAGCUCGACAUUCGCAUGAUGCGCUUCGAGCACCUCAUGGAUCGCCGACCAUUCCUCUUGAACGAUGUUUUGCUCCGGCAAAAUCCCAACAGCGUCACCGAAUGGGAGAAGCGAGUCGCGCUGUGGGGAGAGAACAAGCAAGAAGUGGUGCAGACGUACACCGACGCCAUCGCCGCCAUUCAACCAAAGAAGGCGGUUGGGGCAUUCCACCAACUGUGGGCCAACUACGCCAAGUUCUACGAAACGGGUGGAGACUUGCGCAACGCCCGGGUCAUCAUGGAAAAGGCCGUUAAGGUCCCUUUCAAGUCGGUAGCAGAACUAGCCGACAUGUGGAUCGAAUGGGCGGAGAUGGAGUUGCGGAACGAGAACUUCGACGAGGCAGUGAGGAUCAUGGCCAAGGCGACACAAGCACCAAAACGGUCGACGGUGGAUUACUUUGACGAAACGCUCUCACCACAACAACGAGUGCACAAGAGUUGGAAACUGUGGAGUUUCUAUGUGGACUUGGUUGAGAGUGUGAGCUCCCUCGAGGAGACGAAGAAGGUAUAUGAGAGAAUAUUCGAGCUGCGAAUCGCUACACCACAGACGGUCGUCAACUACGCAAAUUUUAUGGAGGAGAACAAGUACUUUGAAGAGUCAUUCAAGAUUUACGAACGUGGCCUGGAUCUCUUCAGCUACCCCGUCGCCUUUGAGCUAUGGAAUCUUUACCUCACCAAGGCGGUCGACCGCAAGAUUGGCAUUGAGCGGUUACGGGACCUCUUUGAGCAGGCUGUCCUGGACUGCCCCCCAAAAUUCGCCAAGGUUAUCUACCUGAUGUACGGUAACUUGGAGGAAGAGCGCGGACUGGCUCGCCACGCGAUGCGCAUCUACGAGCGCGCCACGCGGGCAGUGUCAGACGAAGACCGUGCCGAUAUGUUCAACUUCUACAUCACCAAGUCGGCAUCUAACUUUGGCCUACCAUCGACGCGCCCGAUUUACGAGCGCUCCAUCGCCACGCUACCAGACAACGAGGCCCGGGAUAUGUGCCUCAAGUUCGCCGACAUGGAGAAGCGAUUAGGCGAGAUUGACCGGGCCCGUGCCAUCUAUGGGCAUGCCUCCCAAUUUUGCGACCCGCGCACGAACCCAGACUUUUGGAACAAAUGGGAACAGUUUGAAGUUCAGCAUGGCAACGAGGACACAUUUAAGGAGAUGCUACGUAUCAAGCGCAGCGUGCAGGCGCAGUACAACACCGAUGUCAACUUUAUCGCUUCGCAGGCACUCGCCAAGAGCCAGUUACAAAGACAACUGCAACAGAACGGUGACGAGAAUGGGGAAGGUGAGGUUGACCCUGAGGUCGCCGAUGCGAUGGAACAGCUUGAGAGGCAAGCUCGCGCGCCGGCCGGGUUCGUCGCAGCAUCGGAGGGGCUCAAGGGAAACGUGGCGUCGACUCAAUCGGUCGAGGUGGCCAACCCAGAUGCCAUCGACCUAGACGAUAUGGAUGACUAA